AUGUCCGGGUACAACGAGCUCUUCGACUUCAACACCCCCAUCGGGACCGCCGAGCCCGCGCCAACAAUGGACCAGCCAGGAAGCUGGACCGCCGCUCCCUCUGCCUCGUCUGGGCCGAUGGAGGGUGGCACAGCGGCACAGCUGCAUGCCCGAUUGGAUCUUGCCCCGUUCGCGGCUGCAAGAUCCAGUGGCUGCGCUGAGUGUCUUGCUUCCUUCCCAACAGACUCCGCCCUUCACCAACACACCAAAGCAGCUGAACACCAGGCGUACAAGUGUGCAUGCGGCACGGACUUCAACAAGCACUCGGCUCUCAGGCGGCACAUCGACACCAAGGACGCACCCAAGACCUUCGCCUGCAAUCUUUGCGACGACUCUUUUACCCGGAAAGAUAAGCUCAAGGAUCACUGCCGCCAUUACCACAAGGUCAAAGACGAGGGCCUGCGGUUCUUGUUCAAUUCGCAGGAGCUGAAGGCUCGACCGGACAAGCACAAGGCCUACCUCUGCACCUGCAUGAAGGCCUUCACCAAGCUCUCUGCCCUGAGACGCCAUUCCGAGGAGUCCACGCAGGCUCGGGAGCACCAGUGCCCACUGUGUGACAAUGACUUCAAGCGGCCGGGCCACGUCGAACAGCACCUCCGUCUCGUUCACAAGAAGCCGAAUGAUGUGAUCAAGGACCUUCUCAGCGCCCAGAAAUCGCAGCCGCGUCGGGAAUCCGGGCCGGCAAGCACUGCUUCCACCGCCGUCCCCACGACGGGAUACGUGGAUGUCCAGGCCGAUCAUGCAAUCGCCAAUCCCGGCGAACCUUGGACCGGGCCGAUCGACUUCCCGGCCACGGCCCCGGCCGACUGUCCUAGUUCUCGGCCCGUUCAAUCCUCGGCCUUCUUCUCGGAUUUCUCAGCUCCGGGUUCAGGACACAUGACGGAGGCGACUACAUUCGCGCCUCAGAGCUUCAUGACGCAGGCCCCGGACCUCCCUGCGUAUGCUGCUCAUCAGGCCGGUGUUGUGGCUGUCCAGGCCGGUUUCCCUGCCAAUCCCGCCCCAGGUUUCGUUGGCUUCCCGGCCGCACCCUUCGAUGGGAAUCUCGAUCUUUUCAAGGAGAACCCGGCUUUGAUCUCUGUGAACCCCGUUGAUGGUAUUGAGAUGCCAGCCUUGGGGAAUGACUUCAUGUGGGGGCCGUUUGGCUCCGACUUCAACAAUUUUGAUCUUUAG